UCCUCCUUUUGGACUGGCUGAGCUGAAUACCAGAACACAGGAUAUGCUUCACACUGCUCUCAGUUCCACAGCAGCAGCGGCAGCAGCAGCAGCAGCAGUAGCGGCGGCCGUGAGGACGACACGCUCUGCAGUCAAGAUGAGUGCUGGGGAUGUGGUCUGCACGGGCUGGCUCAUUAAAUCCCCUCCGGAGAAAAAACUAAAGAGAUUUGCCUGGAGAAAACGCUGGUUUGUGCUUCGAAGGGGUCGCAUGAGCGGUAAUCCUGAUGUGCUGGAAUACUACCAAAGCAAGAACUCCAAAAAGCCAAUACGCACUAUUGACCUGAAGGAGUGUGAGGUCGAAAUGCUGAACGGACAGCUUCGGAUAAAGCGAGACUUCCAUGGGAAGCACCUCUUUGUGGUGAAGACCUCAUCCCGAAUUUUUUACCUGGUCGCCAAAACUGAGGAGGAGAUGAACAGCUGGAUCAGUAGCAUCAGUCAGAUUUGCCAGUUUGGGAGCCUGGAGGAUCAUGAGAGCUCAGAAGAAGGCUUUCCUCACACUCCCACCUCCCUCCAGCUGCCACCUGACAGCCCUGACCGAGCGUCUGUAGCAAGUCAACCAGAUUCCAGUUAUCCGCUGGACUACCUCUUUCUCUCGCAGUGUGAGACGGGGAGCGUGAGCACUAGUAGACAUGACAGCUUUUCAAACUCUGACAUCUCUCUGGAGCAGAAGUCAUCAGACGAUGCUGUCAAGGACAUUUGCACUGACUGCUCUUCAUCCUCCAUCUCUCAUCCCAGUCCCAGUCCGUGUCUUUUCCCCAGCGGGAGGUUGACUAACCCUCCCUUCAGCGCUCCAUGCAUCUCUAUAGCUCUACCAUCAUCCUCUUCCUCUCCACUGCAUCACUGCGCCACAAGUGUCUUCCAGUUUGACAAACCCUAUUCUUCCGCGUCAUUUGAGGCAACGGGCGAUAAACAAACACCUCCUCCGCUGCCACCCAAGCCUAAUCACCUGUCAGAGCAGCUAAGUGAUGAAGGAGCUCAGAGGCCGAGGGCAAUGAGUACGCUGCAUUUCUCAAGCAAUGGCACAUUAUUUUCCCGGAGGACCUCUUUGUCGAGCCUGGACCAUAUCAGAAUAGGUAAAUCCUCAGUGUGUGAUGCUGAUAGCAGACUGAUAAUGACCAGGAGGCAAAGUGUUAAUUUGCCUUGUUUAAAUAUCACACAAGUUCAAAGCUACCAGGAUGAGUCAUAUGUCCCCAUGGCGUCCCCGUCUCCUGUCCUUGCUACUGUUGAAUGUGAUGGUUACAUCCCCAUGAGCCCCAUGGCAUUCAGCUUCCUCAACCCAAACUGCAGCGUGGAGUCGUCCCCAUCGCUCAGCCAGCUCAUGUGCUCACCUGGAGAUCUUGCACCGCCUCCGAUUCACCGGCACCUUAAGCCUCAUCUGAGGAGACAUCGACCUCCACCUCUUGACUUGAGAGGCCUUUCUACGAUCACAGAAUGUCCCACUCAUCUCCCUUUGAGCAGGGCAAUGACCGAAUCGUGCUUUUCAAAGAACUGUUUACCUCUCGAAAGCAGACUUGAAAAUGGGGACAAAUCAAGAGAUGAAGGCACAACCUCCUCCACAAUGGAAUCAACGCAAGAAGCUCGGGGGAGAAGCUCACACCUAGACUAUUUAUCGCUAGAUUUCAACUAUGCAUCCCCCUCGCCUGUGCAGAAGCAGAAGCCGUUCCUGUCUGAUGAGCACAGAGUGGAUUAUGUGCAGGUGGAUGAGGAGAAGACUCGGGCACUUCUAAGCACCAAAAUGGCAUGGACAGAUGUCCGGCAGUCAAAAACAUGACCGGAAGAUUCACAAUGGAAAAAAUAAAACAAAAAUCAGGAAUACUCACUCGACCACAAAAGGACCAAUAGUAAAACCAGCAAAUAGGCUUUACUUUGAAAAACAGUACUGAAAUACAUAUAUCAGAGUAAUUAAAGGUCAAUGCUCCUUCAGAAGAGGAAACACAAAAUUGCACUGUUAAACUAAGGUAACUCUCUGUAGAGGGGAACUGUAAAUACUGCCUGAUCAUGCACUGUUCACAGUCAUUAUUGUAGCAAAAGGAUUAACCAAAUCUUGAAAAUGGCUUCAUGUUGCUUCACUGUAAAAAAUACUUUGUUGUAAAUGUAUGUAUAAAAUAUGACUGUGAAGAAGAUUUUUUUAAAUGAUAAAGUGUCUUUUUAAAAUA